CUUUCAGUCUAGAGUAUAUAGUACAUUUCACGCUCAUAAGAGUAAAAAACAUCAGCAUUGUGGAGUAAAUUUCUUUCGUACAGACAUUUAUCAAGCUUGCACUCCAGAUCUUCCAGACAAUGAAAAUACUGCUUUUGAAGACAAUCCAACACAUUUGGAUGAUCUGGACCUCUCAGCAUCUCUGUUAUCUUUACCGUGUGAAGAAAAUGUGCAAGAUUUACUACAUCGAAAACUAGCAUCAUUCUUUCUUCGGUUGCAAACAGUUCUUCAUGUUUCCAAAGCAGCAACCCAGGAAAUUGUAAAUGAACUUACCAGCAUUUUCACAGUUGCAGAAGAGUUUACACCAAACAUAAUUGAAGAUGUUUUGAGCAAGCACAACUGUGCAAUAAGUGAUACAGUUAUCAGUGCCAUAAAAGAGAUUAUUGUGAAAGCAAAUCCAUUCAGUUCUCUGACAAAGAGUGGCCCUUUUAGCACAGAAUACAAACGGACAAUUUUUUACAAGGAACACUUUCAAGUGAUUCAACCUGUUGAAUAUGUUCUAGAUGCGUCGUCUUCAAGAAAGUGUGUUUAUAUUCCUGUUUUGCAAACAUUGUCAGUACUGUUAAACCGUAAUGAUGUUCUAGAUAAACUUUUGCAGACAGAAGACAGGGAAUAUUUUCCAGAAUGGGCCCAGUUUAAGUCAUACAGGGACGGCCUAUAUUGUAAAGAGAAUCAGUUGCUUUCUUCAGAAGAUUUAAGUAUAGCUUUGGGAUUGUAUAUAGAUGAUUUUGAAGUUUGUAAUCCAUUAGGAACAUCUAGAAAGAAACAUAAGAUCUGUGCAGUUUAUUGGGUGCUUUCAAAUUUACCAAUUCGGUAUAGGUCUUCUGUCCAAUCAAUAUACCUGGCAUGCCUUUCCUACAGCAGUGAUGUGAAAAAAUAUGGCUACAGUGCCAUUCUUGAGCCGUUGCUGAAAGACAUAGAAGUACUAGAAAAUCAAGGAAUAUAUGUUCAAAAACUGGGAGAAAAUAUUAGAGGUACUGUACUGUAUGUCUCUGCGGACAAUUUGGGUGCGCACUCACUUGGUGGCUUUCAGGAAAACUUCAAUGUGGAUAAAUUUUGUAGAUUUUGUUUGGCCAGCCGCUCAGAAAUUAACAUUCAUAAAGUAAGCGAUGGUUUGUUUCCACUCAGAACAACCGAAGCUCAUGAAAACAUCCUUCUGGAAUUAAAGGGGACAGAUUUGGUUUCUGUGGACGGUGUAAAAAGAGACUGUGCACUUAAUAGACUCUCUCAUUUUCACACAAUUCAGGGAUUCCCCCCAGAUUUCAUGCAUGAUGUAUUGGAAGGGGUAGUACCGAAGGAACUGAGUUUUUGCCUUAAAUCCUUCAUUUCCAAACAUUAUUUUACUUUUGAUGAUCUUAACUCAAUUAUUCAGUCCUUUCCUUUUAAAUGUUCUGAUAAAAUUAACAGACCUCAACAAAUUCCAAAAUCUUUUACAAUAAAACGCACUAUAGGGGGUAACUGUCAUGAAAACUGGACUUUAUUGCGAUUCUUGCCAUUGAUGAUUGGUGACAAAGUACCAGAGAAUGACAAAACAUGGCAAAUUGUUUUGGAACUAAAAGACAUUGUUGAACUUCUGACAUGUGGACAUUUCUCUGAAGAGACAUUGCACUACUUGGAGUUUAAGAUCUCAUCUCAUAGGUGCUUGUUAAAAGAAGUCUUUCCUGACUUCAGUCUUUUACCAAAACAUCAUUUUCUCGAACAUUACCCUGAACUUGUUCGUAGAUUUGGACCAUUGGUAGAUUUCUGGACCAUUCGCUUUGAAGCCAAGCACAGCUGUUUUAAAAGAGUGAUUCAUGAUGUUAGGAACUUUAAAAAUAUCUUACUCACUCUUGCUACAAAGCAUCAGCUCACAUUAGAAUAUUGUCUAGACCAACCCAGUCUUUUUAAACCUGACUUGGAAGUUGGGCAUGUUGCUUUUGUUUCUGUGGACACUCUGGAGCACUCUAUGAAACGAGCUAUAGAGGACAAAUUUGCAAAUAUCACCACGGUAUCUCUUGCAAGUCAUGCAUCUCUCCAUGGGACUAAGUAUGCAGAAGGAAUGUUCCUGUCAGUGGGACAUACAAGUGGAAUGCCUGACUUCGCCAAGUUGGUUAAGAUUUUGAUAGUGUCCAACAGAGUGUCAUUCAUCAUUGAACCUUACAUUGCAUGGCCCAUUGAGCACUUAAGGUGUUAUGAACUGGAAAAAAGUCUUGCCCCUGAACUAAAGGUUGUGGAACCACAUGAACUAAAUGGACACCACCCCCUCAACCCAUACAUGCGAGCAGGCAAAUUAAUGGUGGUGCCAAAGACCAAACUUAUUUAUUAGGGUCGUAAAGGUUCCCCUCCAACUUCAAAAUGCUUCUUCGAGUGAUCAUCUCUGAACGGGACGUUCAAAAAAUUACACUUGACACUGUCCCUGACACAGUCCAUGGUCUCAAAGAGGUGUUGAGAAGCAAACUGCAGCUAAGAGACAGUUUUGAUCUUCAGUAUGAGGAUAAUGAUUUUCACGAUUUUUGCAACCUUACUUCUGUAACUGAUCUACCCAAGGACAAGGCGACACUGAAAAUCCUGUUUAGCCCCUCUGAUAAAUUUUCAGACUCAAGUUUGGAUAUUGCAGUAUUGCCUGUAUCACAAUCUCCAUCAACAUCGACUCAAAUCAGCAGCUGUAUCUCAGAGAUAAAACAGAGUCGUUCACAUCCAUGGCCUGCUGUCUUUACUAUCCCCAACUUCUCAUAUGAUGUUGAGCUGAGACUAAAGCAUGGUAACGAGGCUUACAGUACAGAUGGAACUCUUCUGACAAUGUCUCGAGACAUGCAGACAGAAAUACUGGAUAAACUUGCUGAAGCAGUGUUCGCUUACAAAGCUUACCCAGACAAAGAGGAAAUCAAAAGUGUGGCUGUUGCACUCGUUGAAAAACACCCUUGUCUGAAAGAAAGGGGAUCUGCAGCUGGGUGGUAUGGUUGGAAAUUAAGUUUGACAUGGAAGAUGGGAAACUACAGGUCAAAACUAAGAGAUGCAGGUUGUAAAGAACUCAAAGUGAAUUCUGCAAAGAGAGGUCUAGAGGGACUCCAAGGACAGCGAAACAAAGUGAAGAAGCCAAAAAGGUCUGAGACAAACUUUCUCCCAGAUCACCCUUCAGGAAAAGACCAGAAAACACUGGAACAUGAAAGGGAACUGAUGUGCCAGGAGAUGAAAAAGAGGAAUCCAGACAUGAGUUUUGUGAAUACAGCCAUGAGCAGCACAUAUUCUCUCCGGAGACAGGAAAUAGUUGAAAAUGAACCUCCAGUAUAUGAAAUGAAAAAGAGGUGGCCAGCUAUUUUUUGUGAGAGACAGAUCAGUGCAGAAUUCAACAGACUAAUGUCGCUGGACCUGAGCAAGUCCUUUUAUGAGGGUCUCGACCGAAAUCUACCAAAACUGCUGUGCCUGUACCGUUCAAAGCGCUGUGCUGGGAUUGCAGAAAUGAGGACCGUAAU